GCAUGCGUGGAAACGUGAUCGUGGGCGCGUAAAAAAUAGGAUGGAUGUUGAUUUGCUUGUGCAACAGCUCGGUCUGGUCUUUCCGCAGCACGAGCAGCAAACUCUUCGCAAUUGCGUUCACGAGCGUUUGCUGCUGAUGCCCGACGAGCUCGACGCUGCGGUCGUGUUGGACGCGUGCAUCAACUGGAUGCUCGACCAUCCGGAAGGUCGGGAAGAUGACGUCAUGGAAGAGAAUCAGGUUGACGUACAAGUGAUUGACGCGCGUGCGAGCAGCCAGCUGACCGCUGAGGUCGAAGGCGCCAAAGUUGUUGCAGCAGCUGAAUCGCAUCCGGUCGUCGAUACGCCUGCUCCACAGUUGACAACGAACGAGAUCAUCGACGACGUGCUUUCCUUGUUUCCUGAUGCACAACCGGAAUUUGUGCGGCAACUCGUGAUGACACAGACGUCGGACUGUGCAAACAGUGUGUGCAACUAUUUGUUGGAGCAUCGCGACUAUCCGAAGGUCGAAACGUCUGUGAAGAAGGCGCAGCCAGUUUCAAAGGGCAAUGCUGUCAAUUACUUUGAAAAUUUUUCGGCACCAAUGGCAGCACCGGCACGUGAACAAGCUCUGCAAUUGCUCUAUAACAAGUUUAGAAAUAUUUCAAAGACGGAUAUUUUACAAGUGGCUGCGUUUUAUAAUUUUCAUUAUGCUCCAACGCGGAAGUAUCUGAGUGAGGUUUUAUUAGCAGGAGGAGCGGUUGCGUAUACGGCAGAUUCUGUGCUGAAUAGUCCGCCGGUCAAAGUUUCAGAUAUUUUGUCAGCUCCGGCUUUAUUUGUACGUGUAUCAUCUCCAUCUUCCCAGUCUAGUUCGAUUUCUCCAGUGCCCACUUCCAACACAUUACCAGCAAAACUACAGAUUCAACUAAGAAAGCUUGGGCGACCGAGGAAAGAAAUCCAACUCUCUGCAACAACACUUCAUCCAGAUUUGGAGAAAGAGGUCAAGUUUUAUGAGGACUUUAAAAGAAAGAAAAGGGAGGAAAGGGACACUCAGAUGGCAAGGGAAAAAGCAGAGAAAGAGUCUAGAGAGUUAGGCCAGAUGUUUGAGUGUGGCUGCUGCUUCGGUGAAGUGAUUUUUGAAGAUCUAGUUCAGUGUGCUGAGGGUCACUUGUUUUGUUGUGAAUGUAUGAGAUUAUAUGCAAAGGAAGCUGCUUUUGGACAGGGGAAGGCAUCCCUCGCUUGUAUGAGUGAAGGGUGUGAGAAGAAUUUCUUGUAUGAUCAGUUAAGGAAGGCUUUACCCAGUGAUGUUCUUGAGAAGUACGAGGAGAGAGUGACUGAAGAAAAUCUAUCUCUAGCAGAAAUGCCAGGACUUGUUAGAUGUCCGAACUGUAAUUAUGCGGCAGUGAUGUCUCCAGAUGAUAAAGUGUUUAGAUGUCAGAAUUCAGAGUGUUUAAUGAAAACUUGUAGAUACUGUAAAGAGGAAUGGUCAGAACAUUUUGGUAAACCGUGUAAUGAAGUAGAGAAGCAGAGUGAUCUGAAAUUCAGACUAACAAUUGAAGAGCAAAUGACUGAAGCAAAGAUCAGACGUUGUCCGAAAUGUAAUACACAGUUCUUCAAGGAAGAGGGCUGCAAUAAGAUGACGUGUCGUUGUCAAUGCACUAUGUGCUACAUUUGUAGGCAAUUUAAAAUAGACUAUAAUCACUUUUGUCAACACGUUCGUGAUCCAGGAAAAGGAUGCACAAAAUGUACAAAGUGCUCUCUGUGGACCAACCAGCAGCAAGACGACGACAUGGCAAUUAAGGAAAUAAGAAGGAAAGCAUGCGAAAAGCAUAAAGCAGUAAUGAAGACGGAAUCUAGAGAUUUCAACAUCAAGAUUGGUGUUGAUUUGGAACCACCAGCAAAGAGAGUGAAGAAGUCUAAACGACAAGCAAACAGAAACAAUCCAAAUUAGAGAGUUCAGUGUAGAGAUGAUAAGUUUAGUCUAAACUGGCCUGUUAUAUAUAGAAACUGUUUUUACGUAAAAUUGAAAGUUGAGUUGUGUAAUUUUGAAAUUCUGGUGAGAGCUGUAGUUUAAUUAAACACGUAUAUUGAA